AUGCUUAAGCUGUCUUUGGAGAACAUCCAAACUGGAGCAUCCGUUCAGAUCGGGAAAACAAUUCUUGACAACCUGCCAUCCGCACAGAUUUAUUCGCGUUAUUGUGUCGGUCAAUCCUUCGCACUACUCCAUCUAACACGCCUUAUCUCUGCUGAUGACCAUUUAGCCCAAUAUUUGGUAGACUGCCAACAAAAGACCCGUCUUCGCAUGCUACCGCUUUCUUCUUAUCUCGUCAAGCCGAUGCAGCGCCUGACGAAAUACCCUUUGCUUGUACAUAAUAUUCUGAAGGCCUUGCUACCUGACGACAUUGGCCGCGAUGCUCUUGAAUGUGCCUACCAGCGUGUACUUUCCCUUCUUAAGGAAAUUAAUGAGGCUGUCCGAGUCCGCGAGAGCUGCCGCCAGCUGGCCUGGCUACAGGACCAUUUACAUCCGCCUGUGGUUCGCCUCUGUCUCGAGCCUCAACCUUCUCGAGAGUGUGUCUCGACUUUGCAUUCAAUUGAGGAUCUACGAGCUAAUCCACGAGCUGAACCUCCUUUGAAUUGCGACAUUACAACAUUUACAACAAUUACUCAUAAAUCUAGUAGGAAUAUCGACGACACCGAUGGUAUCAUUGACGAUUCGGAAACAAUGUCCUUAAAACCACUUUCAGACUCUCUUUCCUUACGAAUUCCGCCUUCCAUAGACCCUAAGCUGCCUCAUUCAUCCUACAUCACGAUGAAUGACGCUAAUCAAGUGAGACCAGCAUCCGUGGAGACUCAAUUUCUAUUGUCAGACGACACUAAUGUAGUGGGGCCCCGUCGUCUUCUCUAUUCCGGAGAUCUCUAUAAGGUUGGAAGUGACUUAUAA